GUUCCGUCUCUUCAUUGUGCGUAUCCUACUGUAUGUAGCCUAUUCCGUCCCUCGUUCCCUCACGGUGCUGAACUCGACGCGAGAGGCAUAACAUAUGGUAAAAAGGAGCGCUGGAAUUUAUUUGCAUUGUUUUAGAAAUAAGUACUUCGUUCAAAGCUAAGUAGAAAGGUCGUUCUAUUUGCAGUAACAAUCAGGAGAACAGUCGAGUGGAAAAAGUCAGUGGAUUCAACGUUUAUUGAGACAUUUGCUGAUAAGGGCAGGAUUGGCCAUGCCAUUUGGCUGUUUGACGCUCGGGGAAAAGAAGGAUUACAACAAUCCCUCAGAGGUGACAGAUAAAUAUGACCUGGGACAGAUUGUUAAAUCAGAGGAGUUCUGUGAGAUCUUCAGGGCCAAGGACAAAAAUACACUGAAAAUGUUUACUUGUAAAAAGUUCCUGAAAAAGGAUGGAAGGAAAGUUCGGAAGGCUGCAAAAAACGAGAUCCUUAUUUUAAAGAUGGUGAAGCACCCCAAUAUUCUUCAGCUGGUGGAUUUCUAUGAGACCAGAAAAGAGUACUUCCUCUUCCUUGAACUUGCUACUGGCAGAGAGGUAUUUGAUUGGAUCCUGGACCAGGGCUACUAUUCAGAGCGCGACACCAGUAAUGUGGUCCGUCAGGUGUUGGAGGCCGUGGCCUAUCUUCACUCACUGCACAUUGUCCACAGGAACCUCAAGCUGGAGAAUUUGGUGUACUUCAACCGCCUGAAGCACUCCAAAAUAGUGAUCAGUGACUUCCACCUGGCAAAGCUGGAGACCGGGCUCAUCAAAGACCCCUGUGGAACGCCAGAGUACCUUGCACCAGAAGUGGUUGGGAGACAGAGAUAUGGCAGGCCAGUGGACUGCUGGGCCCUGGGUGUCAUCAUGUACAUACUGCUUUCAGGCAACCCUCCUUUCUAUGAGGAAACUGAUGAUGAUGAUUAUGAAAACCACGACAAGAACCUGUUCAGGAAGAUCUUGGCGGGGGACUAUGAGUUUGACUCUCCGUACUGGGACGACAUCUCAGAGUCAGCAAAAGGCCUGGUCGCCCGUAUGAUGGAGGUAGACCAGGAUCAGAGGCUGACUGCUCAGGAGGCCAUCAACCAUGAGUGGAUUUCUGGAAAUGCAGCCUCAAAUAAGAAUAUUAAGGAUAAUGUCUGUGCACAGAUAGAGAAGAACUUUGCCAAAGCUAAGUGGAAGAAAGCGGUGCGGGUUACUACCAUCAUGAAGCGACUGAGAGCUCCAGAACAGAGUGCUGACUCGGGGGCAACCAUCCCAGCAGUAGCAACCAGCCCUGCAGCAGGAGAACCCGCCCCAGCUCCAGCAGACCCCCAGGCUCUCAGUGACCCCUCUCCAGCUACCUCUGCUGCAGCCCCUGAGGGGGAGCCUGCUGCUGUCACAGAGCCCCCUGCUGGCAUGGAGGCUGUGACUUUUGAUGCCACUCCCCAAGGUGCAGCAGAGGUCACAGCUCCACCCCCGGCCCCUGAGGAGGCCAGCCCGGUGGAGGCCCCAGUGGAAGCCCCGGAGGAGGUUGAUCUGUUGUUACGGUGUAAUGGAGAGUCCCCGACUCCCCUCCAACCAGCAACUGAAGCUGAUGAUGAGCAGGGUUAGACGGUGAACUCCCUCCUAUGACCUCCCUCCUAUGUCCUCCUUCACUCCCAGUGAUCGUCUUUCCUGCACACUAGCAUGGUGACACUGACUUAUCUCUCUCACUUGCAGCAUGAGUAACAUCUCACAGAGCCUUUGUCCUAUCUUUCCUGAGUGUUGAAUUGAUCUGGCUACAUGUAUUCUGUAUUUUUGAAACAUCCCUCUGACCUUACAGGGGCUUUUUGUGUCUAAUGCAGCCCAACAGCUACAUAUUUUCCUCUGAACUCUCCCCUUUAAAGCAUAUGGAAAUAUGUAAUUGUACCAAACCUGCUUUGAUUUCCUCUUUAAUGAGCCAAGUUUGGGAACGUUUUUACCCAGUCUUACUCUCACAGUAUUCCAAUGCAUUAUCAUGGCAUACAGUAAGGUAAUGAACAGCUUGGCUUUGCUCUUGUAGUGUUGGUUUUACAUAAUGAUCUGUAGCAUUCCUCCUUUACACCCCUCUCUACACAUGGAAGAUCCUGUUUGAUCUCUUUUUGGGGGUGAACAUUGCUCUCUUUGUUAUUUGUUGUAUACACUCAUCAGUAGUUUUGUCUGUGCUGCAGCAAUUAUGUUUACUGGGGGAUGCAGCAGGCCCAGUGUUAGUGAAAGGCAGCAUCCACAACAUGCUGGGUAAAAUGCAAAAGACAUAUUUCAGUUGAAUGCAUUCAGUUUACCAACUGACUAGGUAUCCCCCUUUCCCUUUCCCUCGCCAGCUUUCUGCUUAGGAAAGCACCACAUGGCUGUCAGUGUAAAGAUUCUGUAUAUAGAGACCUUUGUAGAAGUAGUCAAAACGGCAUGCAUUCUUAACUGUUGCUGUUAAUUUCAAAAUUAGAAGCACUUGGUGGAAAGAACGUGCUAAUCCUGCUACUGCCUUUAAACUGGAAACAUUAAGGUCUUUCUGUUCGUUAGGCUCCAAGUGGAGGGCAUUGUUGAUGCUCAUGUUUUGUUUAAAUGGACUACAUCAUUCCAUAGACUUCUAACUAUUCAUAUAAUGUACAUCAAGUGCCACUACUGUAAAUGUACGUUAUAUUAAAUGAGUUGUGUUUGUUACACAGUAGUUUCUAUGCAUCUAGAAUUAAUUUUGUAGCUCAUCUUUAUGAAUUUCACAGCAGGCCUCAGUCAUAACAUAUCUUCAUACAUCCUAUGCGAUUAGAUCAACUUUUUCUAUUUCUAUAAAAUUCUUUUUUUUUUCAUUCCAUUUCUGAUUUAACAGUUCUUCUGUCUUAUUCAUUCUUAUACAUCCUAAAGUACAUAGAUCCGUUUGUAAAUAAAUAUAAUUUAGCCUACAAGGAAAAGCAUGAUAUUCUUUUCGCAGUUGUAUAACAUUAGAUUGUGACUGUGUAAAAGCACCACCUGUAAAAGCCAUUUUUACCCCCCACCAGCUUUUUUGUUUUUUACAAGUUGUUGUUGAUUAAAGGAAACAGAAGAAUUAAGAGCAA